AUGCCGGCGUUUUCUCGAACACUCACUCCCUUCCUGCGGACAGCUCGGUCUGCGCUGCAGCAAGGCAAUUCCGUGAGCCCGCUGCAACAUGCUCUGCGACGUCGAGAUGGAGGUGCUUCGGUGUUGAAUGCGGCGAGAUCAUACGCAACUGCUUUCGAGCGGACGAAGCCUCAUGUUAAUAUUGGUACAAUUGGUCAUGUUGAUCACGGAAAGACAACUCUCACAGCUGCUAUAACCAAGCGUCAAGCCGAGAAGGGUCUUGCCAGCUUUCUCGACUAUGGCUCGAUCGAUAAAGCCCCCGAAGAGCGAAAGCGUGGUAUCACCAUCUCAACCGCACACAUCGAGUACUCGACUGAAGCCCGCCAUUACUCACACGUCGACUGUCCCGGUCACGCCGAUUACAUCAAGAACAUGAUUACAGGAGCUGCCAACAUGGAUGGAGCUGUUAUUGUUGUAGCAGCAUCAGAUGGACAAAUGCCGCAGACCAGAGAGCAUCUCUUGCUCGCUCGCCAAGUCGGUGUUCAGAAGAUCGUUGUUUUCGUUAACAAGGUCGAUGCUUUGGAAGACCCUGAGAUGUUGGAGCUCGUCGAGAUGGAGAUGCGCGAGCUUCUCAACACCUACGGUUUCGAGGGUGACGAGACCCCAAUCAUCCUGGGUUCCGCCCUUUGCGCACUGGAUGGCCGCCGACCUGAGAUUGGAGAGUCUAAGAUCGAUGAGCUUCUCGCAGCAGUCGACACCUGGAUCCCAACUCCCCAGCGUGACCUCGACAAGCCCUUCCUCAUGUCCGUCGAAGACGUCUUCUCCAUCCCUGGUCGUGGAACCGUCGCAUCCGGCCGUGUCGAGCGUGGAACCCUCAAGCGCGACCAGGAAGUCGAGCUCGUUGGCAAGGGAGACGUCCCAAUCAAGACAAAGGUCACCGAUAUCGAGACCUUCAAGAAGUCCUGCGAGGAGUCCCGCGCCGGUGACAACUCCGGUCUUCUCCUCCGUGGUAUCAAGCGCGAGGAUGUCCGCCGUGGAAUGGUCAUCGUGCAGCCCGGAACUACCAAGCCACACAAGGAGUUCUUGGUUUCCAUGUAUGUGUUGACGAAGGAGGAGGGUGGUCGCCACACUGGUUUCCACCAGAACUACAGACCGCAGAUCUUCUUGCGGACGGCGGAUGAGGCGGCUGCGCUGUUCUGGCCUGAGGGAACGGGGGAUGCGGACUCGAAGAUGGUUAUGCCUGGUGAUAAUGUCGAGAUGAGAUGCGAGCUCCAUCAACCUGUCGCUGUGGAGGUCGGACAGAGAUUCAAUGUUCGUGAGGGUGGACGAACUGUCGCUACUGGAUUGGUUACGCGGAUCAUCAAGUAA